UUAAUCAAGUGUGAACCAGCGAGGUUUCUUCCGCUUGAAACCCUCCUUAUAAUAUUGCAGACUCGUCUCUGCUGUAAAUACGAACCGUACUGUGCUGUACUGUACUACAAUCUUCUCCAAGAUGGCCAAGUACUCGGGAAAGAAGUGCCGCCUGCUCUCCAUGAUGUGGCUGACGGCGUUCUUUUUCUUUGUGGAAAUCAUCGUUGGAUAUGUAACCAACUCCAUGGCUUUGGUGGCCGACAGUUUCCAUAUGCUGGGUGACAUUGCCGCUUUGGUUAUAUCAUUUCUGUCUGUGAAGAUGUCACCGAAAAAAUGGUCAAAGAACACCUUUGGCUGGGCCCGUGCCGAGGUGCUGGGUGCGUUGGUCAAUGCCGUGUUUCUGGUGGCGCUCUGCUUCAGCAUCACCAUUGAGGCGUGCAAGCGAUUCAUUGAAAUGGAGGAAAUCCAUCAGCCCAAACUCUUGGUUAUUGUCGGAGUCCUGGGACUGCUCGUGAAUGUGAUUGGACUGUGUCUGCUGUAUGAGCAUGGCGGGCACCAUGGGCACUCGCAUGGCGGCGGUCUCACCCGCAACCACAGUCGCCUCACCGAACUGGCCAACAUGGACGAGGGCGAUGGCGAUGAUGAGCAGAAUGAUUAUGCCUACGAGAAGCAAAAGGAGAAGAAACAAAUCAAGAAGUCCAGCCAUGGCCACAGCCAUGAUCCUGGUUCGAUGAACAUGCGCGGCGCCUUCCUGCACGUGCUCAGCGAUGCCCUGGGCAGCGUCAUUGUGGUCAUCAGUGCUGUGGUGGUGUGGACGACCAAGUGGAAGUAUCGCUUCUAUAUGGAUCCAGCUCUUUCGAUUGUGCUGGUGGUGCUCAUCUUGCACUCUGUGUGGCCGUUGUUGCGUGAAUCCGCCUUGAUUCUGCUGCAGACUGUGCCCACGCACAUCCAGGUGGAUGCCAUACAGAAGCGUCUGCUGGAGAAGGUCGAUGGUGUGCUGGCAGUGCAUGAGUUUCAUGUGUGGCAGCUGGCAGGCGAUCGCAUCAUUGCCUCUGCACACAUACGCUGCCGGAAUCUGUCGGAAUACAUGAAAAUUGCUGAAAAGGUCAAGGAGUUCUUUCACAAUGAGGGCAUACAUUCCACCACCAUUCAGCCAGAGUUUAGCGAAAUCGAGGCCUGCAACAUGUCCGAUGGUACCUCCAGCAUUAACAUGAGCGGCUCCGAUUGCUGUGCCCUGGACUGUCCCACCACCGAUGAGGGCUGUGUCAAGGCCACUUGUUGCCAAAAUAACAAUAAAUUGAACCAACUGCCUUCACCCACCAAUUCGCCUUAUCUGUGUCGUCAGCGGAAUGCAGCGCGUCAGGCUGGCGAUGUGGAGGCUGGCUCUCUGCUGGAGGCUGCUGGUUCCAGUGGGAACCAAGGGGCUGCUGCCGGUGAAGUUAGCGACUCCCUUGCCAUUGCGGCAACAUCAACGCCAAAGAGCGAAUUAGUCUGACAACAUCCAAAGCAAACGCAAACGCAACAGCAACCGCAACCGCAACAUGUAGUACACUUUGCCACGACCAAGCCAGCAGCAACAGCAACAACAACAAGAUCAGCCACAAAACCGACAGAGACAGCAACAGCACCAACACCAACACCAACAAUAGCAGAAACAUCAUCAAUACGUGAUAUAAUGUACGAGCCAACAAGCGCCGGUAACAAUGAAAAAGUGGCUUCCAGCAGUGGGUGUGGUGGCGGAGGUGGCGUUGUCGUCGAUGGUAACAAUCUGUCGUCGGUGACUGCCCAGCGUCGACGAGAGCUACAGUUGCGCGCCGAACAGCAGUUUGAGGAGCAGGUGACUGUGACACCGCUGCGAAGCCGCAACGGCGAUGAGGUUGCCCUCUAAUUGGGAGCCCAAGCUGUUUAAUUAGUUUGUUAGGAGACUGGUGCUGCCAUUUGGUGCAGUAUUUUCGUGUGUGUUUCAGUGUUUUUGUAUCCAUUAUUUGUUCUUAGUAGAAUUUAGGCAUAAAUGAGAGAGAGAGUAUAGCAUAUAUUGAUAGACGAUAGACGAUAGACGAUAGAGGAUAGAUUAUGGACAUGGGUGCAAGCUGAUGAUUGUUUGCUAGUUUAAUUGGAAUCAAAGGCAAAAACCACACAAUUGAAUGGGGCAGCGAAAGUGUUUGUGGAAGUGCUUGCUGUUUUUAGGGAACAUGUUUCGUUUCAUUCGGUUUUUUUUUUUGGCUAUAUAUACAGCAUAUGUUAUAGCGUAUGUUAAUACCUAAUCGAAGAGUGUAUUUAAUUCAAAAAUAGUUAUUUAAGUUGAAAGUAAACGUGAGCCCAACCAAACAGAGAAAUACACAUAUGUACUACAGAUACGUUUUUUACAUUUUGAAAAGUUUAUACCGUCGCAAAAAGUGAAUUAUUGUAUUCAAUAUAGUUAUAUAUAGUAUAUAUAUCUAUCUACGGCUUAGUGAAUGACUAAAAGACAGUUGUACGAAAUACAUACUGUAUGUACGCGCACAUCGUAUGCAUUCGUUGGCAUACGGUUAGGGAUUCGUUAGUUAGGGAUAGUGUCUCUUAUUCUUAGUAGUUGUAUAGUAAUGCUAUUUGUAAAAAGAGUUUUUACCGCAACCCAAGAGAAACUAGUUUCUAUUUAAUUUUAAUCGUAUCAAAACUUUAUAAUGAAUAUACAUCAUGUAUUAUUUAAUGAUCUGCAUUCACUCGCAAGUGUGUAUAUGUUUGUAAAUAAACGUCAAACAUAAACGAUCUACGGAAAAA